GUUUUUGUUUAUGAUGAAACUCAUCAUGAGUGAUUAAUGAAAGUAAAAAUCAAACUUGAUUGCAUUAUGCCUGUUUUUGAAACUUUGAUAAGCGAUAAGCUGACUGUCGUUCUAGAUAUUGGUGCCGCAUUCACAAAAUUUGGCUUUACCGGAGAAUUCGCACCAAGAGCUAUAUUCAGGACAGAAGUCAGAUGUAAAAGGAAGAAUCAAAUGAGAAGAAUAUGGGACUUUGAGUCAGUUGAUGAUCUCUAUGAUCUGUUAGUCGAGUUUAUCUACAAUAUAUAUUUCAAAUUUGCCUUGCUGAGUCCAAAAGAUCGACCAAUUGUUGUAGUGGAAUCCUUGUUAUGUCCAACAUUAUUUCGGGAAACUCUUGCAAAAGUAUUGUUUUCACAUUAUGAAAUAUCCAUGAUGUUCACUUUGCCAUCACACUUGGUGAGCUUGUCCAGCUUAGCUAUUGAAACUGCAAUGGUUGUUGAUGUUGGAUAUAAAGAAGCUGUCAUUAUACCCAUUUGCCAUGGCAUACCAUUGAUUGAAGCAUGGCAAGCAUUACCUAUAGGAGGUGAAGCUAUUCACAACAACUUGAGGAGACUUUUGGAUAGUAACAAUACCGGCAUUCAUAACUUACCUGAUUCAAUAAUAGAAGAUAUCAAAAUUCGGUGUUGUUUUGUAACUGAGAAAUCCAGAGCUGAACAAUUAGCUUCAAGCAAAUCUGAUAUUUCUGUAUGCCCUGAAGUGAAAUAUCCAGUUGAGGGCACUCAGAGCAUUUUAGUGUCUGGAAAAGUGAGAGAGAAAGCUUUUGAAAUUCUAUAUGAGGAAGACAAUGAUCACUUAUGCCUUUCAACAUCAAUACUAGAUGCUCUUUUGCAAACCAAUAUGGAUCUGAGAUAUAAACUAGCUGAGAACAUUCUUCUCAUUGGAGGCACAACUAUGGCACCUGGUUUCAAGGCAAGGCUCAAGGAGGAGCUAGAGAAACAGCUCACUUUUGAUAGAUACAAAAAGUUGAACAUCAAAACCUUUGCAUUCCAUGUUCCCCCUUGCAAGGAGAAUUAUGCUGCUUGGUUAGGUGGAGCUAUUUAUGGGGCUACAGAGCUGCUGAACAUGAAGGCAGUGACAAAGGAGUUUUAUUUUAAGGAAAAUAGGCUACCUGAUUGGGCUAAUCUGAAAGAUAAUAUAAGAAAUAUUUGAGAUUAUUGAAUAUAUUUUAUUUAUUAAAAGAAACAUUAAAUUGAACAUUUUCUAUUUGUAUUGAAGAUUGUAAAAAAAUAUGGUAUUUGUAUUGAAGAUUGUAAAAAAAUAUGGUAUGGUAUUAACCUUAUAUCAGGUACUUAACUUUAAUUAUUAUGAAAAUAUACUUCUGGAUC